AUGAGCAAUGCUGCACAACUGGCACAACUCUUGAUUCUGCGGGAUGAAAGUGCGGAAGGGUCCCAGGAUGUUCCUUCACAGAAUGCCUUUGCGCGAGAAACACGGCCUGGCUUUUUUCCAGUGAUGUUGGCAUCGCUAGAGCAUUCACUUCCACACCUGGCAAAAGGUCGCGCAACAGCUGGAGGGUUGGGGAAAGUUGUCGAUCUCAUUGCCAGAAAGCAUCCAUCCGACAUACUGCUGGUUCAUCCCAUGCUGAAAGAGGAGGAUGGGAAACUUCAGUAUGGGCAGCCUUACGAAGAGCAAAUGCCGCUGCGACUGCUGAUCGAGGGCGAGCACUACAAUGUUCGCGUGUACAGGUUCGUGCCACCAGAUCAUCCAAGGAUAGCGGAUGUUCAUGUUGAAUUCCUCAUGCUGUCCCAUGAAAUUUUUCAAUCCAGGACCUUGGAUGGCAUCUAUCCAAAUCCUUUGUCGCGGAGAGCAGUCCUCAAGUUCUUCUCAUUGUGGAACCAAGCAGUCGGAGCUUUACUGGCUCGACACAAGCCGCGCGUCUUUCAUUGCCCAGAUUUCCACUCUGCUAUUGCACCCUGGUAUGCUUUACCGGAGCAUCCAGACUUGAGGAUUUUGCUUGUGCUGCACAAUGCUGAGUACCAAGGCACGAUUAGCACUGACAUGAUUUUUGGACGCAGGCUCGCUGCCAUAGCAUCCCUGUUCAACCUGCCCCCUCAAAUGGUGAAGGAUCAUCUUGUUCUGGACGGACGGUUCAACAUGCUCAAGGCAGCUGUUGACUUCGUGAUGGAGAAGCAAGAUGGCCGAGGUGUAUGUGCAGUGUCCCACUGGUACGCAGCUGAAUGUCAUGCGAACUAUGGUGUCCUAUGGCCCUUGCCAAGCAUACAAGGCUUGGACAAUCCCAUGCUCGAGGAAGAGCGAGCUGUUGUGAAGGGAGAUAUAAAUCAAGCAAAAGCUGAAGCGAAACUUCGUAUCCAGAGGCGGUUUGGUCUUGAAGAAAACCCCAACGCUCGUCUUUUCGUGUCAUUGGGCCGGCUGGUUCGGCAAAAGGGUGUCGAUCUCAUCGCGGAUGUGGCAGGAUGGCUUUUGUCAGAACACGCAGAUUCUCAACUGAUUUUAGUGGGUCCCAUCGGAGAUGGCUUUGGCCACUAUGCUGCCAGCAGGCUGCAGCAAUUGGACGCGCAUGGGCAGUACCAUGGAAGGCUGUAUGUCAACAUCCAGUUCAUGCGAGACCCUGAAGCUUUGAAGGACAUGAAGCUCGGUGCAGACUUCUGCCUCAUGCCUUCCCGUGACGAGCCCUUUGGCUACGUGGACAUUGAAUUCGCUUGGCACGGAGCGCUGUUAGUAGGCGCUCAAGCCGGAGGAUUGGGCAAGGUGCCUGGCUUUUACUUCCUGGCCCAGAACAGGGAAAACUUGGGCCGCUUACGAAGGGAGCUACGCUCAGCAGUGUCUCAAGCGAUGCGAGCGCCAAGAUCGCAGCUAGAAAGCAUGGCACAAGCCGCAGUCUGUUGCAGCUUUCCGUUGGAGCACUGGCAGCGGCGCUUAGCAGGAGCGUAUGGAACAGUCACUGAAGGAGUGCCAACACUUCUGCAACGGGAGCAGUCUGAGCAGAGCCUCGCCACCUUGGGUAACUCUUGCAGUCAGGACGAUGCUGGACAAGGACUUCGGCUGGUUGCAGCUCCACCAGGAUCAUCGAUUGAAUUUGAUGAAAGUCCGGGACGAGGGUCGGGAACAAAGACCUUCCGGCCGUAUCCCGAUGCUGCAGACGCUGUACUGCUGUCUCCAGUGCGUGAUGGAGCUGUGCAAGCAAGCCAAUUUCCAGGUGCCGCCCCUGUAUCCAUCGUCGAAUCUGCCGUGGGCGAAGAAUACCAUCAUGUCAAUGCAAGCUUUGCCCAGUCCGCUGCUGGACCGGAGUUCAUGACGCAGGAGCUGGACGAAGACGAGCUCGCCGAGAGGGUGAAGCAAAAAGUCCAUGACCACCAGUGGGGAAUAGACGAGAUCCUGGAAAGCGUUGGUGCAGAUGUUGACUUUGAGCGAGAAGGCAGUCCGAUGGCUCGUUGGUUACUUGGCCGUACCUGCGGUGUCCAGCGGGUUCACAUUGUUGUCGCACUGGGGUACGUCGCGUCGCCGGUCGCAGAGUUCUUGACGUUUCUCACCGCCACAGAGUGGGGUCUGAGGGGUGGAGAGACCGUGCCUCGAUUCGCCCAGCGCCUCUUCGGUCAGAAGAUCGACCCUCCGAUCUUGAACAUGUUGCUCUUCGCCAUCAACGCACUCGCCUUCAGUGUUGCAGCGCCCUUUUGGGCAGUGCUUAGCCGCUUCUUCCAGCCGAGGAGGAUCAUGGCAGUCAGCCUGCUGCUUCAAGUGCCGCUGCUGCUCACGCUGUGGCCAAUGUAUCCAAGCUUUGAGCUGGCCUGUCUGUUGGUGUUCGCACAUGGCCUGGUAACGGCAUCAUCAUUUCUCUUCCUCGUCUUCAACUUCAUGAUGUCUAUCAAGGCGGACAUGAGCAACUACGCCAUACGUCUCGGCACCCUGGAAAUGCUGCGCUAUGUUGUGAACUGGCUUUUGAGCGGCUAUAUCUUCCUGGCAUCUCCGUCUUCGCUCCGUGGAACCAAGCAGCAGCCCAUUCCGACGAAGUUUGCGCUGCUCUUGCUUCCCAUCGGUUUGCUCAUGCUCCUCCUGACCCUCAUACCAGGAGUUCUUCUGCUUUUUGCUCCGGGGCCCUACCGUGAGGAUCGAUUUCCGGGUUGGAAUCUUGAGCUGUUGUUCAAAAGGAGGUCAUUCGUGCUCCUUUUCUUCAGUGAAUGUGUUGGAAACCUGGCCUUAUUUCCAGGGACUUGUUACAUCAGCUGGUGGCUCUCCAAUGGCUGGAGUAGCAUUGAGCUUUCAAGCCUGAGUGUUCUCUUUGCCUUUCUCUUGGCCUUCGGGACAUUCCUUUGGGCAGCUGCUCUCAGCCGCGCUUCCAUCCACGGCUUCUCGUUCCUUGUUGGAGUAGCCGUCAUGCUGGCUCCGGGAAUGAUGUUGAGAAGCAUUGUCCAAGACGAAGUGGCCACGAUCACGAGCCUUGGACGCUCAGAGGCUGCAAUGGUCAUUGGAGUUUUCAGCUUGUUCUUGGAGGGCGUUCGGUCGUCUGCUUUGUGGACGGCAAAAAUCCGCAUCCUUAACUCUAGGUGGCGUCUUCUCAGCUACGGGACUGUUCUUCAAAGCUGCAGUCACUUCUGUGCCUUCCUAUCACCAAUCGUUUGUGAGUUUCUCGCCAGACGGCAUGGUGUGACCUUUAUCACACGGAACCAGAAGGAGCUGGCGGAUGCUAUGAUCAUGUCAGUUGUCCCUUUGGGCUUGGUGCAAUUCCUUUUGCAGGUCAUCAUCGCACCAUUUAUCAAAAAGGACAUGGGUAUCUCUGUAGGAGCUGAACGAAGCUCGAGGAGCCUGCUGCGAAAGUUCAGGAAAGGCACCUCAGUGUUCGCACUUGCUACCUUCACUGCUACAGGCAUAGCCCUGGUUGUGUUGAUGGGAAUCUUCCUGAAGAUACAGAUGCCGGUCGAUCGAAUUGCGAGAUGCGAGCUUCCUCACGCAACAAAUUGCUCUGUCCUUGCGGAUGAGGUGGAUGCCCAGGAGGCUACCCUUGGCCAGCACUAUGGCCUCAAUCGCUUCGGGCAAAACACCACAGGCCUCUCCAAUUGCUUGAGCCGAAUGAGAGCUGUCGGAGGAGACACGUUUCGAUUUUGGCAAUUCGGAAGAUGCCAGGUGCAGAUGUGUGGAAGCGCUUCCGCGCUGCAAAAUGGGAGAUCAGCCGGCGAAGGUGAGGGACCCCUGCAGACUUACGACUUGUGGUCGCGCUAUUGUGACAUGUCGCGCCCGAAUUUGAUCGCAGUGCAUCUUUUCGAAUGGUCGUGGCAAGAUGUGGGGAGUGAAUGCGAAAACUACCUUGGACCAGCGGGUUUCAAUGCUGUGCAGGUCUCACCGCCCAGUGAGCACAUUCUUGGUGACUCAUGGGCAACGCGAUACCAACCAGUGUCGUACAAGUUAGAAUCCAGAGGAGGCAGCACAGACGACUUCGUGAGCAUGGUGAGCAGGUGCCGAUCCGCUGGGGUCAACAUCAUGGUAGAUGUUGUUCUGAAUCACAUGGCCGGACCCUUUGUUUUCUCGCCUGAGAAGGACAGGGGCAAGGCAUGUGGCCAGCAUGAGGACACACCGAAAUCCUCGACUGCAAAAUGUCUGGGUUGGGACAACACCGAGUACGGGAAUCGCGAGUAUUUGAACGGUCGUAAAGGACUGGAUUGGUACGACAGAUCGAUGUUCCAUCAUUACCCCGACAACGAGCACGCGAACUGUGGACUGCCACCCUGGACAAACAACAAGCGUUUGUGCGACAUGUAUGGACUCCCUGACCUCAACACAGAGGACAAGAACGUUCAGAAGCAACUCAGAGCAUACUUGUUUGAGCUGCUGGAGACAGGGGUGACUAUGAUUCGCGUGGAUGCUGCGAUGAAUAUCUACCCAGAGUCGCUUGCACAGGUCGUUCUUGCUUUACCAUGGGAGUACAUUGUGCAGGAGUACUAUCCUGACAUGUUCGAAGACAAAGAGAACAGAGAAAAGGCAACCAGCAUCGGAUCAGCGACCGACUUCACGUUCGGGCAGCGAGUGGCGGAGAGCCUGUUUGAUGGAAACGCGGGCAGCUGGUACAACAGGUCCCGUCAGCUAGGAGAGCUUCUCCAGUUGCAGCGCGAAGGCUUUCCAGAUUGCCGCUACAGGAUUUGUGAAUCGCCAGUUCCCUCCGACCGGGCGCUCCUGUUUUUGGACAAUCAUGAUCAACAGCGGGAGCGCUGGAAGCCCGAGGUGAAGGGACAGCCACCUUCCACCCCAGUUUGUUAUUGGGAUGGCCGGGAUAUCGGAAGCUGCAGACCCAUAUACAAACACGGCCAAGUUUAUGCUUUGGCGCAGCUCUACAUGCUUGCCUGGCCGUAUGGAGCAGACAGACGAUCUUCGGUUCGGCUGAUGUCCUCGUAUGGAUUUCACGAGUUCAAUGAGGGCCCGCCUGGUGUAGGUCGAGACUCGUUGAGGGACAAGGCUGCAUCCCCUGUUGUUUGCCGAAGUGCGCCCACAACAUCUCCAGUCACUGAUGCCUACGACAAUGACACCGCAAAACCCUGGGUCUGUGAGCACCGCUGGCAAGGUGUUUCUGGUACGAUCCGCUUUCGGCAGUUCUCGAAUGGUUCUGCGGAAGUUCAUUCCACUUGGGAUGAUGGAGACGGCCACAUUGGCUUCAGUCUUGGACACGUUGGCUUCGCAGCUUUCAGCCGCGGGUACAACUGGUACACGAAGCAAGGUUCCCAUGCUGCUAUAUCACUUGCAGGCAAAUCUACAGGCCUGCCAACAGGAUGUUACUGCAAUUUGGCAGAUGAGCCUGGGGCAGUUCCAGAUCCUCAAAACUGGACUGGGAGGUGCGCGGGUCCGACCAUCCUUGUGAGAAACCGGACCAUCGUUAAUGCUCAGCUUGCCAGUGGAGCGGCUGUCAUUCUUCAUGCUUUGUAUCCUGCUGAAGCUGGCCUAUGCGCCAUUGGCGCCAGCUUGAUUGACAAGGUUGUGGUGGCCUAG